AUGUUAACUUACAAUCCAACUUGCUUCCGUGUGACGCAUAACAUCAAAGUGCUGGUUGAGAUUGGAGUAACGGACUCCAAUAUUGCAAGAUUGCUUCGGAGUAAGUUUAAGUUAUUCCACAUAAAUCACAUACAUGUGUUGGUGGAGGAAUUAAAGCAUUUGGGGUUUCAUCCUUCAAAAUCAAUUUUCUCAAUAGCAUUGAUUGCGAAAACAUAUGUUCCCAAAACCCGAUGGAAAGCGAAAGUUGAUGCCUUUAAGAAGUGGGGUUGGUCGGAUGAAGAUGUUCUAGAUGCAUUUAGAAAUCAACCUCAUUGUAUGUUAACAUCGGUGGAAAAAAUAAAUUCAGUGAUGAGCUUUUGGGUUAAUCAGUUGGGUUGGGAUGCUCUUGCCCUUGCCAAAGUGCCGAGGGUUUUUGGGGCCAGUCUGGAGCGAAGGAUCAUACCAAGAGCCUCAGUUGUGCAUUAUCUUUGGAAGAAUGGUUUGCUAAAAAGGAAUGCAAGUUUAACUUCUCCAUUUCUUUACCAAGAAAAACUGAAUCUUGCACACAACAAGGACAAAACCACCAUGGUUUGA